GUGGCGACAAACUGCAGUUCAUUUUUCUGCCACUAGAUGUCUCAAUCUGUGAUACAGUGGUGUUCAGAAUUUGUUGGAGAACCUCCCUUAAAAUUAAUCCAGAGAAAAAAACCGUAAUAUAUUAUUUUCAAUAAAAAAAAAUGCAGAAAUAUGAGAAACUGGAGAAGAUCGGUGAAGGUACCUACGGAACAGUCUUCAAAGCCAAAAACAGAGAGACCCAUGAAAUUGUAGCCCUCAAAAGAGUUCGUCUAGACGAUGAUGAUGAGGGAGUACCAAGCUCUGCACUGCGAGAAAUCUGUCUUUUGAAAGAACUAAAACAUAAAAAUAUAGUUAGAUUGCAUGAUGUACUCCACAGUGAAAAGAAGUUAACCUUAGUGUUUGAAUACUGUGAUCAGGAUUUGAAGAAAUAUUUUGAUAGCUGCAAUGGUGACCUAGACCCUGAAAUAGUAAAGUCCUUCAUGUACCAGUUGCUAAAAGGUUUGGCUUUUUGUCAUAGCCGGAAUGUGCUGCAUAGAGACCUCAAGCCUCAGAAUCUUCUUAUUAACAGGAAUGGCGAGCUCAAACUAGCUGAUUUUGGAUUGGCUCGUGCGUUUGGAAUACCUGUCCGAUGUUACUCAGCUGAGGUUGUCACAUUAUGGUACAGGCCUCCAGAUGUGCUGUUUGGUGCUAAACUGUAUUCCACCUCGAUUGAUAUGUGGUCAGCGGGGUGUAUAUUUGCAGAGUUAGCUAAUGCUGGAAGGCCGUUGUUUCCAGGAAAUGAUGUGGACGAUCAGCUGAAGAGGAUUUUCAGAUUGUUGGGGACACCAACUGAGGAGCAGUGGCCCACCAUGACCAAACUUCCAGAUUACAAGCCCUACCCCAUGUAUCCAGCAACAACCUCACUGGUGAAUGUUGUUCCGAAACUGAGUGCGACAGGACGGGAUCUGCUACAGAAUCUACUGAAAUGUAACCCAGUCCAGCGGAUCUCAGCAGAGGAUGCCUUGCAGCACCCAUACUUCGCAGAUUUUUGUCCUCCAUAAACAAUUGCCAAACCCCAGUAACAAAACCUAGUCUGACCUCCUGCAUUGAACGCGCUUAAUUCCAGUUUUUAAUACCCAUCCAUCACCGGCAAACCUGCAAGGAACCAGGAGCUCCGAAUGUCUUGUACUGCCUGAAGCAACACAGCCUUGGUGAUGAACAUCUCUUCCUCUGUUUUUCUUUCUUUUUGACUCCAGCACAUUUAAGACUUUAAUUUAUUGUCACGCAGAUACACAUAUGGGCCCAUGCAUGCCUAUAAAAAAACAUGCUGGUACAAGAACUUUUAACAAUAUGGUCUGUUCUGCAAUUUUUGGACAAUUGGACAGUGUCCUCCUUUCAGACAAAACUCCAUUACAGAUUUGCACUUUGCUUUUUUUUCUUUUGACAAGGGAUAAGAUAACAUUAUAAUGCUCACAGGGACUGUGUGAAAAUAAGUGGGGAAUGUUUCUCAGUGUUCUGAUGAUUUUGGGUGACAUUUGAAUUCCCAGAUAGUCAGAAUUUUUUUUUUUACUGUAAAGUUACAUGAGGUUAAAUGUUUUGACAUUAACGUGACCAGUUGCUGUGUAUAUCAGGCUUUAAAUAUCAUUCACCCUCAAUUUCCACAAAUGUCCUUCAUUAAGUAACCUCUAGCCAUGUCGAUCUGGGGCUGCAAUUUGAUAUACCUAAAGCGAGAAAGUACUGUGCUGGCUUUUUUGGUUCAUCUCAUCGUAUGAAAACCGCAUUCCCCUUUAAUGAGCGGUGAAAUCCAGAACUGAGGAAGGGGCCAAAAGCAGACCAGAGCUGCAGCUGAUGCGUUUAUUAUGUAUUGCUUGACUCGCAAUGACUGUGUGUUUCAAGGUAUUGUGAAGAAUAUCUGUCUGUCCUAUUGUAAGUGACUCUGCAUAUAACGCACAGUUCACAGCCUACCUCUGUAAAGCGCUUUGUGAUGGUGGUCCACUAUGAAAGGCGCUAUAUAAAAAUAAAGAUGUUAUUAUUAUUGCA